CUUUUGUCCAUUUGUUUUGUUUAUUUCAAUCCAAAAAACUUAACCCUUAUUUCUAUUCUUUUACCUUAUUUUUGAAAUGGAUGGAAAUGAUAAUAAUUUUGAUAAAGUUACAAUAAGAGUUAAAAUAUCGGAUGAUGAUUACCUUGAUAUGCUUUUCGAUUGGUCAAAGAUCCAUACAUAUGAUAUGGAUAAAGCAAUAUUUGAACAGCUUUCAACGUUCACAGGGAUACAAAUUGAAGCAGUAGGAUCUAUUACUUUGUUGAAUUAUCGUUAUCCAGAUAGUCUGAGUUUCCAGCGUACUAUAAACAACCCAUGCUCGGAUAAACGGUGUUUUCGCAGGGUACCUUAUAAACCAGUCGGUCCCCAUCAUUAUUCAAUUCAAGAACGAUUUUCGAUGAGAGAUGGUGAUUACUAUCGACUAACGGCAUCUGCAAGACUUGACCCUGAUUUGGAUAACAUUUUCGUUAGAUAUGGAUUAUUGCAUCAAGAUUUGGUUGAUGAAACUGAAUGUAACAGAAGAUUUUGCCAUUCAAAAGGUAGCAGAGUCUUUUUGGAUAAAUUAGCGAAAGUGGUUAAUUCUGAUAUCGAUACAUAUCUGAGUAAUUUACCUGAUCGUCCAAGACCUAAUGUUAUACCAUUUGAAGGUACUGAAGCCCUAUUUUAUGAUGACGAAUGGCAGGAUAGACAUGAUUUGAAGGUACAGGAUAUAUGCAGGGAUUUGAAUAUUGGACAAUAUUUGUUAUCUUCUUGUCCUGUAAAUUCUUAUCACGAUACAAUGCAAAGACGCUUUCCUCGUCUCUAUUGUAGGAAUCGAGGCUGAUCGACUCUGUUUGAUUGGACCAAAUUGUCAAUCCAUUUUAAUAAAUAUGUCAUGAUUAUCAUCGAUCUCAUUAACAAGAUAUGUAUUUGACAAUCAAUAAUAUA